AUGAUACUCCAGGGUUUCAAGCCACGAAUCUUCGACCGGCUCAACAAGUUCGGCAGCCGAUGGGUUGCGGAGCUCCCCGUGGUCCUAUUGAGCCUGAGGAUGACCCCCAGCAUGGCGAUCGGCUUCACCCCAUUCUUCAUGGUCUAUGGGUCCGAAGCGAUCCUUCCCACCGACCUGGAGUACAGGUCACCGAGGGUCAGGCCAUAUGACGAACACGGGAAUCAAGCAUCUCUCGAGGAUGCACAAGACCAGCUCAACGAAGCGCGUGAAGUGGCCCUGCUGCACUCGGCCAAGUACCAGCAAGCUUUGCGAUGGUAUCACAGCCAUAAGGUGCGAGGUCGAGCCUUCAACCUCAGCGACCUGGUGCUUCGCCUCAUGCAAAACAACAGAGGUCGGCACAAGCUGACCCCUCCGUGGGAAGGUCCCUUCAUCAUCGUACAAGUACUACGCCCGGGCACGUACAAGCUAGCAACCCCUGACGGGUAG